AUGGCAAAGGCCGAGAACGAUCUCCAGAGUAUGCUCUCAAAGGGCAUGGACCCGAAAGAGCUACCCUGGUAUGAGCCGACAAUCGACGAGGUUCCAGAACCGGCAAAGACUAUACUGGAGAAGUACAGCAACAUCCCGUCGGAUCAGGUUCUACAGCAUGUUGUGGACGUGCGACUCAAGUCCGGCGAGAAACUCCUUGACAUGGGCUGUGCGAUAGGACAAGAGCUUCGGCAGCUAGUUUACGACGGAGUGCCAUCAGAAAAUAUUCACGCCUCCGAUCUACGCCGAGACUUCUUCGAGAUCGGCUACGAUCUAUUCGCCGAUCGCGAUACGCUGAACUGCGACUUCAUAGUUGCAGAUAUAUUCGAUUCGAACUCCGACCUGGUGAAGAAACUUACCGGAAAAGUAAGCAUUGUCAAUGCAGCUUCAUUCUUCCACCUCUUUCCCUGGGAAAAGCAGGUCGAGGCUGUCAAGCGAGUUAUUACUUUUCUUCGUCCCGAGCCUGGGUCGCUUUUAAUUGGGAGACAGGCUGGGAGGACUGAUCCUGAGGACCCUGAUGAUAAAGAGAAUGCGCCGGGGAAUUACCGGCAUGAUCUUGCUACGUGGAAGAGAAUGUGGGAACAGGUUGAGAAGGAGACGGGGACUAGGUGGAAGGUUGAUUCUUGGAGAGAGGAUUGGCAGGGAGUUGAUAAGGGAUUUGAUAAGUACCAUGCGAAUGUUGAGUCUUUUAAGCUCCGAUUCGUGGUGAGGAGACUAUAG